AUGAAGGGUAAAGAGCCACAGUAUAGCCAUGGAGGUAAUACCUCCACCGGGCUCGUCAAUGAACGAUCGCCUCUUCUCUCGCACGACCGCGCAAAGCCUCAACCUUCGCAACAGCCCAACGAUGCCGAGAGUGCAUCGCUCAAAGAUGAGCCCUCAACUAGAUAUCUCGUCGCUGUUUUUGGCAGUGUCUUUAUCGGCGUUUUCCUCGCUGCCCUCGACACCACCAUCGUCGCUACUCUCUCCGUCCCCAUCUCCAACACCUUCGGAUCACUGACCCUCGUCUCCUGGCUUGGAUCAUCCUACCUCGUCGCCAACGCAGCUUGCCAGCCUCUCUCCGGUCGUCUAACAGAUAUCUUCUCCCGUCGCUCUGGCCUCGUCGUCUGCAACAUUCUCUUUGGACUUGGAACUUUUCUAUGUGGAGUUGCGAGUUCGAAAUGGAUGCUUCUCACUGGACGAGUCGUGGCGGGCAUGGGUGGCGGGGGUCUGAAUGCCAUAACGGCUUUUGUGGCUAGUGAUCUCGUUCCUUUGAGGAGACGGGGCAUUAUACAAGGCUUCGUACAUAUUUGCUAUGGCGUUGGAGCUGGUCUUGGCGGGUUGUUUGGAGGCUGGAUCAAUGAUCUCUGGGGUUGGAGGACAGCUUUCCUGAGCCGCGUCCCACUGAUUGCCAUUUCCACGAUUCUCGUCUCUAUUACCCUACGCAACACUCCCAGCAAACACAGUGAUAAGUCGAGAUUGUCGAGGGUUGACUUCUCGGGUGCUUUCACUCUCUCUUUGACCCUUGUUCUUUUACUGUUAGGCCUCAACUCUGGUGGGAAUCUCGUUGCCUGGACUCAUCCACUUGUCUUGGUUUCCCUGUCACUUUCAGUGGCAGCCGCCACGGUUUUUGUUCUUGUCGAGUCCAGAUGGGCCACAGAGCCCAUCAUCCCCAUGCACUUAUUACUUGAUCAGACAGUACUCGCGGCAUGUCUCAUGAACUGUCUUGUGACUAUGAUCCUAUUCAUGGCUACAUACUAUGUCCCGGUCUUCUUUCAGGUCAACGGGUACUCCACGACAGCUGCCGGCCUUCGUCUCUUGCCUCAAAGUGUAGGCACCGCUCUAAGUUCUCUCACAUGUGGAUUUGUCAUGAAACGUACAGGGAGAUACAGGACUUUGGGCAUGGCCGUCAUAGCCUGUUCUGCUUUGGGCUUCGUUGGCCUGAGCACUAUGACGAUCCAAACACCAAAUCCUCUCGUCUUGACUUAUGUCUUUCUGGUAGGAGUGGGAUACGGUGGCAUGCUGUCCGUUUCACUGCUCGCAACGGUCGCGGCUGUGUCGCAUGAUGAUCAAGCUGUCGCAACCUCUGCUAACUAUGCAUUCCGGUCCAUGGGUUCCACGAUUGGUGUUACGGUUGCGUCGGUAGUGUAUCAAAACUCGCUACAGCAUAGCUUACAUCAACGCUUCGACAGCAAGGAAGGAUCUUCUAAGAUAAUAAAGCGCAUUCUUGACUCUUUAGACGGGUUGAAGCGGCUCCCCAGUGGGUGGAGUGACGGCGUUUACAAGGCAUACGAAAUUUCAUUGCGUGGAGUCUUUUUGACUGGACUUGGCGUAGCCAUCUUGGGGCUGAUCGCAGCAAGCUUCAUCAAGGAGCACCGGCUCCAUCAGACGAUCUCUCGUGCAGAUAACGAUUGA